UGCGCUGCCUGCAUCCAGCGUACGAAUAAGAAUUAUGAAAUGUUUUUAGGUUAAAUUAGCACAGCCCGCCAUUGAUGAUCGCUCCCCACCACCCCGACCCCACGUGGCCAUGAAACUGAAGAAAUGUCAGCGUGAGCUUGAUAGAAAGGCCAAGAUUGAAAGUGACAAUUUCAAUUUGUUGCAACGUCUUGGGGCCAUUAUGCGAGUCAACAGACUAGACAAUCAUUGGACUAAACCGUUGCCUAAUUUCCAGCACAAGGUUGGGUUAUACUACGAGACGGGAAACAGCAAAAUAUCGACGCGUUCGAUGUCUGAAUGUACAGAAGAAAUUUACAGUAACGUCAAAUGUUACGCUUGCGACUUUAAAAAAUGGCAUACAGAAAGCGGAGCCGUUGCCUCAAUAAAUUUAACCUCAUGGUACUAUUCCUUUCAUCAAUGUCCUCCGUUCAUUUAAUUAAUCAAUUCUAUUUAUUCAAGAGUACUUGAUGAUCCAGUUAUUUCAAAAAUUUACUCAAUUUUUAUAGUUUUAUGCAAAAAAUUAUGCACGUUCGGUAUAAUAAGAAUGAA